UUACCGGCAGUCAGCCGCCUUGCCGCAUGUGACAGCUCCCUCUGCUCCACAAGUCGCUCUGCCGCUCGCAGCUUGAUCCUCCGGGGAUGGUUCAAGUACGUCUUCCACUGGUCCAUCGCCAUGUGGAGCGAAUACAUGGCGACCCUGAUGAGGAAAGUUCUUGGACUCGUCGAGCAGUGCUUGCCACUCUCCAGCCCAGAACCGCUUGAAGCGGGCACCCCACUUGCGGUAGCCCCCCCUCCCGCCGCGAUUCAUCGGGAAGAGGAGCAUGGUCGGCAAGAAGAUAGCAGUCAGGCAGCCGGCAUCUGAGUCCUCCUCGCUCUUCACGUACUUCUCGGUGGUAUCGACCACCAUCUUGAGUGCAUCCCGGACACACCCGGGCAUACGGGAUAUAGUGCGGACGCUCAGCUUGAAGUGGUCAUCCCGCUGCUCGGCGCUGAGGCCGCGAAGGUAGUCGAGCCCACGCUGCCGGAAAAUUCCUCUUGAGCGAAACCAGUGGGCAUCGUGGGGCGGGU